CAAAAAAAAAAUAAUACUAAUGCUGCUGCUACUAAUGCUCGCCUCCAUCUCCAACGCCAACGCGCCCCUCCCCCACACUAGAAAUCCCACCCGCACUGCACUGCACUCCACUCUACUGCUGCUGCUGCUGCUCUGCUUGAAGGAUUGGCGAGAUCGAUCGGUCGGGCGGGUUGAUCGGUGGCCAUGGCCGGGGCGGCGGGCGGAAGGGACGAGGGGGUCGGUGGUGGUGGUGGUGGGGAGUGGUCGCCGUUUGAUGGGGACGUGUUCGCGGAGUACUCGUCGGCGGUGCUGGCGGAGCUGGGUGGAUGGGCCGGGGGGAUGGUGGUGCCGGCGCCGGAUCUGAUGGAGGACGUGGCGGGGACGGCGGCGGCGGCCGCGCGGGCGGAGGAGGGGGAGGAGGAGGAGGAGGAGGCGCCGGCGAGAUCGGGCGACGGCGCCGCCGCGUCGUCCAGCUCCAGCGGCGAGCCCGGCAAGCAACCUCCCGCCGCCGAGCCAGCGCCGGUGGCGACGGUGAAGAAGGGGCAGAAGAGGGCGCGGCAGCCGCGGUUCGCGUUCAUGACCAAGAGCGAGAUCGAUCACCUCGAGGAUGGCUACAGGUGGAGGAAGUAUGGGCAAAAGGCUGUCAAGAACAGCCCAUUCCCAAGGAGCUACUACAGGUGCACCAACAGCAAAUGCACUGUGAAGAAGCGCGUGGAGCGGUCUUCCGACGACCCCUCCGUCGUGAUCACCACCUACGAGGGCCAGCACUGCCACCACACCGCCUCCUUCCAGCGCGGUAUCGGCGGCGCCGCCGUCGCCGCGCACAUCCACGGCGCGGCGGCCGUCGCCCUCGCUGAGCAAAUGUCGGCGUUCGUCUCGGCGCCACCGCAGUUGCCGCAGCCGCAGCGGCUGCUGUACAGCUUGCCGCGGUUGCAUCCGCAGGUUAACCCUCCAUCGUCGGAGACCGUGAACUCGAUGUCGACGUCUUUGCAAGAGCUGAACAAUGGCGAGGGGCUCCAACGCCCAAGCUAUAGCCCGCAGGCGGCGGUGACCACAGCGCCACCGCCGCCGCCGCCGCCGCCGUCGGUGGCCACGGCUGUUUCGUUUGACAAGGGGCUACUUGAUGAUAUUGUGCCUCCUGGAGUAAGACUGGGAUGAAAACAUAUAUGGGCAUGAUUUAUCUCCCUAUGUAGCUAUUUUUAAGUGUCAUCUCAUCUCUCGCGGCACGGAGCAAGGCAGCUGGCAGGAAGGCAAAUCACACUGCUAGGGUUCUUUAAUUUACACUUGCUGAAUCCACCGACUCGGUCAUUACCUACCUAAUGGCUUGGGAGUUCAGAGUUUCAUAUUGCAAUGAUGGAGAUUUAGUUAUCCAAAUGACCACAAGUGAUUGCAAACCUCAUUGGCAGGCCACCAGCCGGUGGAGUAUUUCUCAAUUUUCGUGGCGAACUUUUAUGUGCCCGAUUAACCGUAGUCUGUGUAUGCACUUGGCAGCACUAGCUAGAUCGACAUGCUUGUCAAUUAACUUAUAUUCUUCUGCGUUAAUGUGCAUGUAGGUUGGUGUAGAUAUAUAAAUAGCUAUAUAUAUCUGUUUACACUUUUGUUAAAUGUCGUGCUGUAGUAGUAUAAUGGCAAUCAUAUUCGACAUUUUAUUUUAUUUUUUUUCCAAGUGGCUUGAACUGAGAUCAAUUUUGGAGUUUUUAU